AUGACUGACCUCUUGAGAAGUGUUGUCACCAUCAUUGAUAUUUUCUACAAAUACACCAGGCAAGAUGGGGAGUGUGGCACACUGAGCAAGGAAGAGCUAAAGGAACUUCUAGAGAAAGAGUUUCAUCCAAUUCUGAAGCUGAGUAUGCGGGCCAGGCUGACCAGGCUCCCUUUAUGUGUUACUUAUACACAGAACCCAGAUGAUCCAGACACGGUGGAUGUCAUCAUGCAUAUGCUGGAUCGAGAUCAUGACCGAAGACUGGACUUUACUGAGUUUCUUCUGAUGGUAUUCAAGCUGGCAAUGGCCUGUAACAAGGUUCUCAGCAAAGAAUACUGCCAAGCUUCAGGGUCAAAGAAGCAUAGGCAUGGUCACCAACACCAAGAGGAAGAAAGCGAAACAGAGGAGGAAGAAGAGGAAACACUGGGACAGAAAUCAGGUCAUAGAUAUUCAAGUUGGAGUGAGAGAGAGAAGCAUGGAUAUGGUUCUGGGGGCUCAAGUGGAACUGUGAAACAUAGACGUGGGUCUAAGUCCAGGAGGCUGGGAAGACGAGAUGGCUUAUCCAGUUCAGAGAAUGAAGAGGGUUCUGAGAAAAGGAGCCAUGGGUCUCACUCUGGUCACUUUUGGAGUAGUGGCAAAGAGAGACAUGGUUCCAGGUCUGAAGAGUUGGGGGAAAGAAGGAACAAGUCAAGUGUUAGCCCCUCUGGAGAAGAAUAUGAAUAUGGAUCUGGAUCAAAGAGUAGGGGAAGGAAAGCUCAUGGUGGUCUGUCACAUGGAUUGGAGGCUAGUGGGCAUGAAUCAAGCUCUACUCAGUCAAGGAGUGGAGGACAAAGUCUUAGGUCUAGCUCUGGAGGUUCAGGAGACUGUGGGAGACAAAGCCAUACAUGUAAUUCCAGCAAUUCAGAGGGAUAUGGAAGGUCACAAAAUGCUUCUAGUUCUUGUCAGGCAGGUAGAUUUGGAGGACUAGGAAAUCAAUCUAGCUGUACCCAGUCAGGUUAUGAAUCAGGAAGUAGUGAAGGACAAGGUCAUGGAGGUAUCUCAGGAGGUCAGUCCUCUGGAUGUCAGUUCUCUGGAUAUAGUCAACAUAAUUCUGGUUCCAGUAGUCAGUCUUCUAGUCACAGGGGACAUGAAUCUAGAGCACGUGGUCAACCACAGAACUCCAGAGGACGACAACAGGGAACAGGCUCUAGUCAGUCCUCUUGCUAUGAACAAUAUGGUUCUGGAGUAAGUCAGUCUUCUAGUUAUGGUCAAUAUGAAUAUGGUUCCUGUGGCUCCUCCUCUACCUCCAGUCAAAAAAGGUCUGGUUCAAAUGAGUUUUCUAAACGUGGUCAACUUGAUCCUGGUUCAGGUCAUUUCUCUAGUCAACAUAGGUCUAGCUCAAGUCAGUCCUCUGGCCAACAUGGGUCUGGACCAAGUCAGUCUAGCUAUGGCCAACAUGGAUCUGGCUCACAUCAGUCCUCUGGCCAACAUGGGUCUUUCACAGGUCAGUCCUCUAGUCAACAUAGGUCUAGUUCAAGUCAAUCCUCUAGCCAACAUGGGUCUGGCACAGCUCAGUUCUCUGGCCAGCAUGGGUCUGGAUCAAGUCAGUCUAGCUUCAACCAGCAUGGGUCUGGCUCAGUCAACACAGGUCUAGUUCAAGUCAAUCCUCUGGCCAACAUGGGUCUGGCACAGGUCAGUUCUCUGGCCAACAUGGGUCCGGAUCUAGUCAGUCUAGCUUUGGCCAACAUGGAUCUGGCUCAGGUCAGUCCUCUGGCUUUGGACAACAUGGGUCUGGAUUAA